GCUGAUCUGGGAACGGCCAUCACUAAGCGUCAGUAGGAGGUGGAAGGAUAAAGUGUGUUAAGGUAAAGGCGAGAAAAGAGACACGGACUUUAAGAGUUAGCUCUGUUUUAUGAUCGGGAUUCAGUAAAGGGGAAAAAAGGACUAGCAGAAGAAAAGGCGGAUAUAAGGGACGACAGAAGGAAUAAUAAGUUUUCUUUGGAUUAAACUGAACUGAGUUUCUGUACAAGAUGGCGUCAGCGAGUGACCCCCGGCAGACGCAGGUGCAGAAGGAUGCGGCCGACCAGAACUUCGACUACAUGUUUAAACUACUUAUCAUUGGUAACAGCAGCGUAGGGAAGACCAGCUUCCUGUUCCGCUACGCAGAUGAUUCGUUCACCUCGGCAUUCGUCAGCACCGUUGGCAUCGACUUCAAAGUUAAAACUGUGUACCGCAAUGAGAAACGUAUCAAACUCCAGAUCUGGGACACUGCAGGUCAGGAGAGAUAUCGUACCAUCACCACAGCCUACUACAGAGGAGCAAUGGGCUUCCUGCUGAUGUAUGACAUAACCAACCAGGAGUCCUUCUAUGCUGUACAGGACUGGGCGACUCAGAUUAAGACAUACUCGUGGGACAAUGCUCAAGUUAUUCUGGUUGGAAAUAAAUGUGACCUGGAGGAUGACCGGCUGGUGGCCACAGAAGAUGGACAGAGACUAGCUAAUGAGUUAGGGUUCCAGUUCUUUGAGGCAAGUGCAAAAGACAACAUCAAUGUAAAGCAGGUUUUUGAGCGGCUUGUUGAUAUUAUCUGUGACAAGAUGAACGAGAGCAUGGAUGGACAGCCUAGCCCACUGGCCAAUCACAAAGGACCCAGUCUAGAGGACACACCCACUAACAGCCAAAAUGGCUGCUCAUGUUAAUAAUUGCUCUCACACUUAGACACACACACACACACACACACACACACACACACACACACACACACACACACACACUUAGAUGAUAUGCACAUAUGCUUUGCCCAACAUAACCACACUCUUACACUCUACCAUUAGUACUAAUGCAGCAAAUUGUACAGUGUAAGUGUAUAGUACAUGUAUACACACACACACACACACACACACACACACACACACACACACACACACACACACACACACACACACACACACAGCUGGACUUACCUCAGGUCCAAUAUUUGUCUUUAUUUAUUAAAUCAUAAUCCAUUUUCAAAGUUAUCUUAUAAUUGUUACACAUUAUGAAUUCUGCAGAAAAAGGCUGCAUACCUUGUUCUCUAAAACAGGAGACAAUUUAAACUAUACAAAGGUUUAUAAAGCUAAGAUUAAAAUUAAAAUUUCUUCCAGUUAAAAUAUUACUAGUAGUAAUAAUAUCAUAAAUAUGAUAAUGGGUCACAAUAAUCAUUUCUGUACUAAUGGAAUAGCUGAGAAAUCUCUCUUCCUGGGAGUUCAUCACAUCAUUUUCUUAUUUUAAAGGUUCAGUCAAUAAUUUUGAGAGAAAUGAACACAGCUGGGUGUUUUCCGAAAGCAAUACAUAUAAACAAACACAACUCCACCCUUCUGUAAUCCCACUAAAGCCAAGAGCUUAACCAGAGCGUAUUAAAUAUUAAUGUCACACAUAUUUUAUUAUUAUUAUUUCUAAAUUUUCAGAUCUUAUCUUUAAAGUACAAAAAAAAAGACAAUUAUUAUAUCGAUGUUUUUGUUUGGAGAAAAGCUCCCAAACUGCUGUGUCCAUAAGUUUUUUCUUUUGUAGAUACAUCUCUAAUACAGACGAGAGCAUUAGUAACACAUCUCAAGUUUACUCUAUACAUCCAUGCAGACACUGUUUUUUUUUUUUUGUUUGUUUGUUUGUUUGUUUGUUUGUUUUUGGCUACAGCAUUUAAAAGUUGAAGGUAAUUGGAGGUUGUGUUAGAUUUUAAAACCAAAGAUUCAUAUGAAUGUAUUUUCCAACUUGAUGAUGAUGAUUGACUGAAUGUAUCAAAUUAGGCUACUGGGUCAGAUCGGAUACAAAAAGUUCAAGAAAUUUCAUUUUUCAGACGGCUCAUACUUGUAUUUGUAAAGUUUUUUACGCCUCCUUGUGGACAAUGAAUGUAACUGCUGUGUAUCUCUGAUUCAGAGUUGUGAACUGUUUGAACUCAAAUCUAGGAGGCUGAAACACACAUGGUUUUCUUUCUCAAGUUCAUCUUAUUCGUUUCAUGCUACUAAUUAAGUGAAAAGUGGUGAUAUGGUGUGAUGGUACGUAUAUGGAAAAACAUGCAAAGUUCUGUGUGUUCUAGAAAACUUUCUAAAGUUGUGUAUAUGAUGUUAUAGUAAGUUGUGAAAUGCAUUGUGAAGUAUCGACUGUUUCUUAUAAAGGGCUUUUUAAUGCAAAGUAUCCUAAUAUAAUGUUGUUAUCUGAAAUCAAGCAUCCUAUAAUAUUCCAAUCAAACAAUAUAUUUAAAUCAAUUAUAUUAAAUUGCUUAAUGUGGCACUUUCACAUAAAAUUUGAUUAGAAAUUACAAGAUUCUGGAUUCUAAAAAAAAAAGCACCAAGAUGUCAAUUUGCAUAUUGAAAGCUGAAUUGUUUCUUCUCUUUUUUUUCUGCAAAAAACAACAAUAAAGCUACUGCACUGGCAAUUUUCACUGCACUAGCAGUCCACCAAACCCUUUACAGUGUAUCUAACACCUCAGCGCUACAGAGCGUACUCAGUUUGCAUUUCAGUACACUUUGGUUCUUUUUAAAAAUGUAUUACAUACAUGAUAAGCUAAUUAAUUGCACUGUACCCUCAAAUAAACUUGUGCCAGGUUAAAGUGUGUUAAAGGAGUAAUAUCAUCCUUAUUAGAACAUACUGUUCUUUUGGGAUAGGAGAGUCUUCUGAUAUCAGGGUUGCACAUGUAAUUUCUAUCACGGUGUCAGGUAUAAGUUUAAUAAAUCCAGAAAAAUGCUAAAAGAUCUCUGUGCUUCUGUUAGACAUUUACUGCAGUAAAGUUUCAUAGUAAAUGAUCAGGUUAUUGAGAUGUAUAGGUUCAGGCAUUGUAGCUCACAUGAGAUCCAGACUAUUAUGUAUGCAAAAUGAGGUCAAAAUCAGAAUCUGUACAAAUUAUACGUUGAUCCAAUAUAAGUAUGUGGACUGUCAAUUCAAAUAAACAACAAACUAAGGCAAAGCA